UUAUUUGAUGUGAUAAACUCCAUGAGAGUGGUAUUUUUAAAACCCCAAAAAAGCUAGUAAUGGAAUUGUUGUUUACAUUUGUUUCUCUCUGCAUCAUUGUGGUGCAUGGCAGAGUGCUAUGGAGACAACCGGCCUGGAACCCAAGAGACAUUCCUGGUAGAAACUGGGGUACGGUGAGGUGGAACUGGGGAAGAGGAUCUACUAUACAAGUGGUAUCCAAUCCAUCGGGCAAUGGCCCAGUACUGCGGGCUUUCUACCCCCAGAAUAGCUAUGUAGGAAACCCAGACAGAUCCAUGAGAGGCGGUGGAUCAUUUAAGUCUAGACCAAUUAGACCUGGAACAUCAAGAACACUUUCUUAUGACAUAUACUUUGCACCAAAUUUUGACUUUGUGAGAGGAGGGAAGAUUCCUGGCCUAUGGGGAGGCCAGGGAAUGUGUAAUGGUGGUGUAGUGGAUCACAGAUGUUUCUCUACAAGGUUCAUGUGGCGUGCCAAUGGAACUGGAGAGGUCUACCUCUAUAGUCCUACUUCUCAAAAGCCUGACUUUUGCUCAAGGCCAAACAUAUACUGUAAUUUUCAAUACGGACAUGGCCUUGGAAGGGGAGCCUUCAGAUUCCAGAGGGGAAGAUGGCACAAGCUACAGCAAUUCAUUAAACUCAACACUCCCGGGAAGUUCGAUGGGAUUGCUAAGAUUUUCCUCGAUGGCAGGAAGGUUUUCCAGAUUAACGAUUUAAGCUUCCGGAACAAUACCAAUGUUUGGAUCGACACAUUAUGGUUUGGUACAUCCUUUGGUGGCCAAUACAAUGCUAGAAGUACGAGAGAUACAUAUGCGUACUUCAACAACUUUGAGCUGUGGGACCACUCACCUAUUGGAUAGAGAAGGGUGUUCAUGUAAACAUGUUCUUCAUGCUCUUGGAUACUGUAUAUGGUCGAUGAUUUUAUUUCAUUUUUUCUUGUAUCAAAACUUGGUCAAUAACCUAUAAUAAAUUUGCUCUAUGGUAUAUUUCAAAA